AUGACGUCGGCUCCGAAACUCGUCGUCGUCGCGCUCGAAGGCUGCCACGGCUGCGGCAAAAGUGCACUCUGCGCCGAGUUUGAAGCGCAGGGGUACGCCAUCCUGGACGAGGCGUUCAUGGACAUGCCCUCGUACGCGCUUCACCCGCAGUCCCUGCUCAUGGAGACGUCGUGGGUCUGCUCCUGGUUCGAACGGGUCUUGCGUCUCGCUGCGCGCGUCAAGCCAAGUAGGAAGCAAGUGUUCAUCGCCGACCGCUCGCCCUUCAGUGCCGUGCUCUACUCUGCCAACGGCCGCUUGCUUGAGCCGGUCAUUCGGGCCCAGAUGAAAGAAGUGCAGGACUUUGCGCACGUGCAGUUCUACACGGUCCACGUGCAAGUCGAGCGCGAGUUACUAUGGCGUCGCAUCUGUGCGCGGGUCGCGCUCGAGCCCGAGCGGCUGCGACUGAAGGAACACAAACGGGAGUGGAUGGACAAGACGCUCGACUUUUACGAGAGCUUUGCCUGGGACUUUACAGUGACGAACGACGAGCGCAGCGUGGCAGUCAUUGCCGCCGCCAUCAGUCGGUUCUUGAUCGAGAGGGACGAUACGUUCGAGGCUGUGCACAAGUGCACGAAACCGAGAGCGGCGUCGUCCCACUCGACGUCGACGAGCAGCAUAUUGAGCACGGACAGCGAGUGCGAAAGUGCCGAGGAGGAGAACGCGGUCGCAGAGUGGAGCUCACGGAGGUCGGACACGCGCGUGCCGAGCAUUAUUGCCUUUAACAACACUCCCCCUAGAGACAGUUGA